AUGUGGCAGAGCACUGGCCCCAAUAGUUGGACUCACGCUGGCAAAGUAGUGUCGGGUACGAGCUUAAACGGGGCUGGAGGUUACUACACUGAAGAGGAUUUCAAGAAAGGAAAAACAAAAGGUUCCGGGAAAGCAGAAGCAGCAGAGAAAGGAACAGCGAAGGGCAAGUCGCAGACCAAAGGUUCAGGAAAGGCCGCCGCAGAAGAAGCCGAGAAAGGAAAGGGCAAGUCGCUCACGAAAGGUUCAGGAAAGGAGGCCACAGGACAAGCCGAGAAGGGAAAAGGAAAGGGCAAGUCGCCCACGAAAGGUUCAGGAAAGGAGGCCACAGGAGAAGCCACGCAGAAGGGAAAAGGAAAGGGCAAGUCGCCGACGAAGGGUUCAGGACAGGAGGAAGCCACAGGAGAAGCCACGCAGAAGGGAAAAGGAAAGACCAAGUCGCCGACGAAAGGUUCAGGACAGGAGGAAGCCACAGAGAAGGGAAAAGGAAAGGGCAAGUCGCCCACGAAAGGUUCAGGAAAGGAGGCCACAGGAGAAGCCGCAGAGAAGGGAAAAGGAAAGACCAAGUCGCCGACGAAAGGUUCAGGAAAGGAGGCCACAGGAGAAGCCACGCAGAAGGGAAAAGGAAAGACCAAGUCGCCGACGAAAGGUUCAGGAAAGGAGGCCACAGGAGAAGCCACGCAGAAGGGAAAAGGAAAGACCAAGUCGCCGACGAAGGGUUCAGGACAGGAGGAAGCCACAGGAGAAGCCGCAGAGAAGGGAAAAGGAAAGGGCAAGUCGCCCACGAAAGGUUCAGGACAGGAGGAAGCCACAGGAGAAGCCGCAGAGAAGGGAAAAGGAAAGGGCAAGUCGCCCACGAAAGGUUCAGGAAAGGAGGCCACAGGAGAAGCCGCACAGAAGGGAAAAGGAAAGACCAAGUCGCCGACGAAAGGUUCAGGACAGGAGGAAGCCACAGGAGAAGCCACGCAGAAGGGAAAAGGAAAGACCAAGUCGCCGACGAAAGGUGCCGGAAAGGAGGAAGCCACAGGAGAAGCCACGCAGAAGGGAAAAGGAAAGACCAAGUCGCCGACGAAAGGUGCCGGAAAGGAGGAGGAAGCCACAGGAGAAGCGGCAGAGAAGGGAAAAGGAAAGGGCAAGUCGCCGACGAAAGAGAAGGGAAAAGGAAAGGGCAAGUCGCCCACGAAAGGUGCCGGAAAGGAGGAAGCCACAGGAGAAGCCAAGAAGGGAAAGGGAAAAACCAAGUCGCCGUCCAAAGGUUCAGGAGUACCCGAGGCCACAGACGAAGCCACACCGGAGGGAAAAGGGGCUGAAGAAAAGUUGGAGACACCAGCUCAUGGUGUCAAAAGAAAGCUUACUUGGGCAGAUGAUGCUUCCGGCAGCAACACACCCGCACAUGGCCAUGUGCGAUCACUGCCGAAGGAACAAAUCGAGCAGAUUCUGAACAUGACUGAGCCCGGUCAGUUGGAUUUGAAAACGAGGUUUAACUUUUUGAAAGCUUUCCUGGUUCACAAAGACAUGAACGACGUCGAAGACAGCAAGAAUCCCGAGAUGCGGAUCUACACGGUGUUUCGUGACUUCAAGGACACCAGUGCCAACAAGAAGGAGAUUGGCACCAAGACAUCCGCAGUCGCCAAAGUGCCGGCCAACAAGGCUGCUCGUGCUGCCUUUGCUGAGGCUCUGGACAGCAAGGCAGCUGGUUUCGUGAGCAAGGACUAUGGGGACAACCUAGAGGGAGGCAGCAAAGGAAAGGGAGGUGGACCAAAGGGGCUGCGAAGUCUUGCCGAUAAAGCCACGACGACGGCUACCAACUUGAAGAGCACGGGGAUGAAACGGCAAGAGGCGGAUAUCAAGCAUAUGGGCGAAGUCAACGAAGAGUGCUACAAGAUCCUUGCAGAGUGCAAUCGCAGGCUGUUCUCCACGGAGCCGCUGUCCUACGCCAAGGAGUAUCUUGAGAGCUUUUCCCACGUUCUCAAGGAAUAUGCGACUGAUGUGAGCCAUGCCGAAAGUGUAUUCGUGGCCCACGAGCGACGCAAAGCUGCUGCAAAAAGAAAGAUCGAAAAGGAGCAAGAAAAGGAAGAGCUAAAACGGCUCAAGACGGAGGCCACCUUGAACAACGAUCCCGAGGAGUGGCCAAAGGAAGCAGGGCAGUGUGAUGAUGAUGAUGAUGAUGAUAUCGAUGGUGAAGAAUGGGCCGAGGAUGAGGAAAAUGCUGAAUGGCAAGUUAAUUUGGAUGCAGCCGGUGAUGCUACGCAUGGCUGGUAUGAACAUUACAUGUUCCUGCCUCACGAAGUCAUGGGCUCUAUCUACGACUUCGAUCGACAGCGGUUUCACAAGCUCUUUGGGAGAUUCGAGAAUAUUGCCAACACUCGAGAAUGUUCUCUUCGCAUUGGUGGUUCAAUCACCCAGCCCUCUGGGAUGCAGAAGAUUUCAUCGUACCUGUACGAGUCUACGGAGACGGAGCUGAAAGCUAUCGUUCUCAAAACUUCGAAAUAUUCCUUCUGCAGUCCGUGCUGGGAGAGGCUGAGCUGUAUGUCUGGAAAAUGCACCAAUGAAGCAAGGCGGCUGAUUAUGAAGACCAUCGCCUGGUCUCUGGAGGUUCUCAGCGGCUCGAUCGGUAUUCUUCCCGACGUCAUGCACAUCGUCCACUUGGCUUGCUUAGUUGAUGUGGUGACAUCCAUGCUGCUAGACCUCUCGGAUACAACUUUUCCCUGGAGUGGCUCCUCCCGUGAUAGUCGACUUGAGCAGGGAUGGCGAAGUUACAAAAGCUAUUGUCAACGAUGGGGCAUCAAUGACAGAGCCGACCGCAAGCUCUUUACAAACGAUGUCUUGAAAGGUGAUUAUGCUACCGUAUCUCAAAAGAUCCUGCGAGCUGCUGCAUCCAAAUAUAUGGUGUUUUGGUUGCAUUUUCUGAUGGAAAGCCUGCUACUGGGCAUGGCUGAGCCUGAGCGGCCUGAGCAUCUGCAGCUCAUUUUCGGUGUGGUGACUGGCCUUAUGCAAUUGGAGCAGAUCCAGAUGGAGAAUGGCCGUUACUUCACUGAAGAUCAAUGCCGCUUUUGCGAGUCUGCUUACUAUCUGUACCGGGCCUCUUACGAUCGAUUGGCUUCAAUGGCCCUGGCCAAUGGAAUCCCUCGCUGGAAGGUGCGACCCAAGCAACAUAUGCUGGAGCACGAGGUGAUUGACUUUAUUGGCGAGUACAGAUGCAACCCUCGCUAUAGUGCGAACUAUAUGGGUGAGGAUGCAGUGAGGCGUGUAAAGCAGCUGGCAGUGGCUAGCCACCCGAAUCACGUGAGCAGACACGUGCUUUUGAAGUGGUCACUGCAGUUCUCACUGCCACUUCGCUCUGCGAGUGGGUGA